CGUACAUCAUGUCGUUUCCGCUAUUAUUGAGGUCUCAAUUGCCCUCGUAUACCUGCAGAUCAUGUCUAGCUCGCCUUUCGCGGGCUUCAGUGCGCGCAAAGUCGACUGCAUCCGGCGCCAAAGCUAAGCCGUUCGCUCUUCCCUCCUCCCCAGCGCGCACGCGGUUCGCGCCUUCUCCGACUGGCUAUCUCCAUCUGGGCUCCCUGCGAACGGCACUCUUCAACUAUCUCCUAGCAAAAGCCACGGGCGGCCAAUUCCUUCUCCGGAUAGAAGACACGGACCAGAAGCGCACAGUAGCAGACGCUGAAUCGCGCCUCUACCGGGACUUAAGAUGGGCGGGCCUGGAGUGGGAUGAAGGCCCAGAAGUUGGCGGUCCGUACGGGCCGUACCGGCAAUCAGAGCGAAGCGAGCUCUAUCAAGAGCAUGCGCAAAAGCUGCUGGACAAUGGCCAUGCGUACCGCUGCUUCUGCUCUGCGGAGCGACUGAACGCGCUUGCGGAGCAACGACACAAGAUGGGCAUGGCGACAGACUACGAUCGCACAUGCGCAGAUGUACCAAAGGAAGAAUCAGACGACCGCGCGGCAAAGGGCGAGUCGCACGUUAUACGACUGCGCGUUCCGGACCAAUACCCCAACUACAACGAUAUCGUAUACGGCAAGUUCAAGCCGCUCAAGCGCCGCGGCCACGUUGUCGAGACUGCGUACGAAGAUCCAAUUCUGUUGAAGUCGGACGGUCUCCCGACAUACCACCUCGCCAACGUCGUAGAUGAUCAUCACAUGAAGAUCACGCACGUAAUUCGGGGUUCGGAAUGGAUGCCAUCUACGCCCAAGCAUAUUGCCAUGUAUAAUGCAUUUGGUUGGACGCCUCCCGAGUUCGCACACGUAGGUCUACUCGCCGACGAGCAAGGCAAUAAGCUCAGCAAGCGAAACUUCGAUACGGACAUCACAGCUUUUCAAGAGAUGGAGAUUUUCCCGGAGACAUUGACGAACUUCGCUGCCUUGCUCGGCUGGUCGCACCAAGAGAAGUCGGAUGUCAUGGACCUGAACGACCUAGUCAAGAACUUCUCGCUGAAGUUCACAAAGGGCAACACAACCGUAACUAUGGGCAAGUUGCACUUCCUGCAGCGCAAGCACGCAGCUUUGCGCGCCAAGGCGGGCGGUGAAGGUCUCGACGAGAUGGUUCAGAGCGUCGUGGGUCUUCUCUGCAUGCCCGACUCCAAAUUCAGUUACGCAGACUUGACGAAACUGAAGGGCAAGUCUUUCCUUCCUGACGCUUAUAUCAAACGCGUUAUACAGGCCGACUCCGAGAACUACACCAACGCUAACGAAUUCGUGUACCGCAACUCCUUCAUGUUUCAGCUCCUGCGGCAUCCCAAGUCGGUCACGUCAGCAGAAGGUAUACCGCAGGCUGUCAAGGCGCUGCAGGACGCCAAAGAGUGGGACAGAGACCAUUUGCAAAACAAGAUCAAGGAAAUCAUUGAUGCCCGGCCAGAGGGCAAGGCUGGCUCGAAAGAUGUGUAUCAUUACCUGAGGAAAGCGCUUACGGAUAGAGACGAGGGGAUGCGUCUCUACGAUGUCAUGGUCGUCUUAGGCAGGGAAGAGAGCCUGGCAAGACUGGGCGUAGAUGCGUAGGCUUUGGUGCUGUUGUAGGAUUAUUAUCGAAUACGCUGUAAAUUACUGGCAGGAUAGAGGGAGCUGGCUACGGAACGAUACCCACACUGAUUUGAAUUAGGUAUGUAUUUGUAAAGUGUACCAGCGGAUUUGGCAACAAUUCGAACGCAUAUCCCGA